AACAAAGAAGCCAUGGAUUCCCAAAUUGCAAAGAAAAAUCAAAGCCUCACCACAGCUGAGGAGAUGAGAAACCAAACCAAGCUUGUGAUGCAGCCAUAUGCCAACUGGGAGGAGUAUCUGACUCCUGCUCCUCUCUCCAUAGCUAUCCUGGGAGAGCUAGUCUUUAUCGCCUCUAAAACAGAUUUCUCCAUUAACAAGAACCCACCUAAAGGUGGCUACCAGUUCAUCAGAUACCCAGAUUCAUUUAGAGCCUGCCUCAUGCAAGUUUGUAACUCUGGCUGGAGGGCUUUCAACGAGGCCCAUAAGAACAUGGAUCAGAUUCGACUCCACACCAUGACAGUUCCAGAUUACAUGAAGACAGCUGUGAAGAUCCUGUUCCAAGGAAAUGAUGAGGUUGUUCAAGCCCAUCUCCCUGACCAGUUGGAGAACAUUCGUAUCAUUGCAGAUGACUGUCUAGAGCUGGCUAAUUCAACAGAAAAGCGGUUCACUGAUGUCAUCAAUAUUAUCCAAGAGCUGCUGGAAGCAUGUGUAAAUGCUGAGCACUUUUAUGGGGAAGAGCUAGAUGCUAUCAAGAAGACAAUGGACGAGGCCAAGCUGAGGAAACAGUCAUCAGAAGAAGCUCGUAAUCGCUCAGAGAAAGCAAUGAAUGCUAUGAAACAGGAACUUAAAGAAGCACAUGAAAGUUACAAGGAAGCAAUGGAUUCAAUGCCCGGUGGUUUGGGAAUGAUAGCUAUGGAUUUUGUCGGAGGCUUGACUGAGAGCAUGACAAGUCUUGUUAAUGGAGUAACUGCCGUGAUUACUCAGCCAGUGAUCCAAGCCUGUAAAGCUUCCACAAGAAUUUCUAAUACGAUUAAUGAGAUUAAAGGUCAAGAAUCUGCUAUUGAUGCUGUUGACGCAAUUAAUAUUUAUAGUAAGUCUGCAGAAAUCCUGAAAUCCACUGAGCAACUUCAAAAGUUUGUGCAGGACAACACGAUUAACUGGAAAAAGUUGUAUGAUCAAAAGAGGAAAGCUACAGAAACAGUUUUCCAGGAAAAUCAGUUUAAAAGAAUCAAGAAGAGUUUAGAACAAAUCCCAAACUGCAAGGCAAAAGAGGAUGCCCAAAACAUAAGUGAUGAAGGCAUUGCAAUCUGUGCAAAACUAGCAAAGUAUGCACCAGAGGGGAAAUGUGAAGAUGCCAAAACAAAGAAGCUGAUUGAAAGAAUAAGAAAACUGACUGAAUCAGCUCGCUCUUUUGACAGCAAAAGUAAAGAUGUUACAAAGUCUCCUGCCCUGACUCCCAAACCACCAAUGAUGUAUAAAGAAGAAGGUAAAUCUGAGAAAAUGAGUGCUUCACAAAGGGCAUCAGAGAAUGCAAGAUUCAAAAUAGAACAGAACCGUGCUCAACUGAACAAGACCAGAGAGACCUAUGAGAAGUGUGUAGAGAACAUGGAGAAGAACCAAAAGGAGCUGACUGAAAUCCUGAUCACUUUGAGGAGCUGUGAGGUCAAAGAGAUUGACUUUAAGACCACUAUAGAAAUGCUGGUCAAAGGUAUGGAUGCCAUGGGGAGAGUGAAGGAGCAGUGGGAGAAGAUGGUGCGCUUCUUUCAGAUGGUGUCCAACAUUGUGAAAACCAGCCUGACCAGAACUCUUAAAGACUUUGUCUCCACAUCUGAGAAGACACAAGCACUUUCCUACAAUGCAAAGCUCUUCUCUAAAGAUCUGCUCUACAAUCAAGCCUUUCAAGCCUCUAAUAUUGCCAGCCUCGUCCACAUGAUCUCAGCAACUUACACCGAUGUGUCCGCCAAGCACCUCAUGGAUCGUGUCAGUUCUCUGGGAAAACUGAUGGCCAUGGACAAGGAAAAGCCUGAAUUUGAGUUUGAGCGUCAGCAGUUACAGAACUCCUGUGAUGAGGCUCAGAAAGCCAUCUUACGCCUUGUCCUCAAGAACAAGGAGGAGUUUGAAAGAAAGAGUAUUGCAAGAAUGGAGAAGAUCGACAAAGAACUGCUCGCCAUUCUCCCUGCUGCUGAUCCAGAGGAGAUAAAGAGCAUUGAAAAAGCUGUCAAAGGUGGAUUCACAGAGGAAGAUGAAUCAGACUACAUCUGA